AUGUCCAACAGUCAAGUGGGACCGGUGUUCGAACGCGUCAUUCAGGAAGUCUGCGAUGCUUCCCAAGUUGAUUUUGAGGAGAGUGGUGUCGACCAGCAGACACUGCAUGAUCUGAAAGAGACGUGGCAAAAGAAGCUCUCUUCGGUCAACGUCGCCCACUUCCCAUGGGAUCCUCCUCCACCCCAGCCCGCUCCUCCUCAGUCCCAAAACUCCGUCCUCCCUGCCACGGCUACUGUGCCAUCCAACGCUCCUCGCCCAAAUCCUUCCCAGGUCCAACAACAUGUUCCCGCGUCGCUGCCGCCCGUGUCGGCUCCCGCAGUUGCUGCGAAUAUGGCCCAGAUGCCCCGCAUCAAGACUGAACCGGGAUCCAACGGCCAAGUCGGUCUGCCUCACAUGAACAACCCAAUGCCUGCGCACACACUCAACCCGCAGUCAGCUCGUGACCGCGCCGUCCACCAAAUCCAGCAAAAGUACGGUGCUGCAGCAGCGACUUCCGUGAACCAAAUGCAGAACCAUCACCCCGGUCCGAUGGGCAUGCCUGGCCAGAUGCACCCGCACGCUCAAUAUGCCGCCAAUGGACAGAUGCCCGCGAUCAAAACGGAACCGGGCUAUCCCGCAACCACGCAACCCAAUAUGGGACAGACCGAUGGCGCAGAUGAUGGACUGGCAGACUGGAAAGCGGAGGUCGCUCGCCGGCGAGAAGCAGCCGCGGCACAGAACGGACAAGGAGAUCGUUUUCUCCGUAAACAGGUGAAGCAGCGAAUGCUUGAGAUGGAGGCGGGUGGUCUCCUUCGUCCCUUGGAUGAACACGAGCCAGAGUCCUUUUCCCGUGCGGCUCACCCCGCGCUGGCCGCAAACAUGCCCGCCGAGACGUCAGUGACUCCGAGCAUUCCGGGACAGUUUGACGGCGCGGAUGGCGAGGUCAAGGAAGAGGCAGACGAAGACGCCAUUAAUUCGGAUCUGGAUGACCCGGACGAUCUGGUUGCCGGAGAGCAGGACGACGAUGAGCCAGAUGGCCAGGUCAUGCUGUGCACAUACGACAAGGUCCAACGGGUCAAGAAUAAGUGGAAGUGCACAUUGAAGGACGGCAUCCUGACCUCAGGUGGCAAGGAAUACGUCUUCCACAAAGGCCAGGGCGAGUUCGAGUGGUAA